AGAGCCAACGCCUCGGCAGCCGCGUCGGGCUCUGGCGGGUGGGACCCAGAAAUCGUAGCCGUCGGUGUUAGGAUCGGACGGCCGGGAUCUGAAGCUUUGACGGGGAGAGGAAACAGGACGCGAGUCGCUUCGUCUAGUCUGCCGAGUACUCCUACAUGGUGGCUUCGGCGGCGCUGCGCCGGCUCCGCUCCUCGCCGCGGCUCCGGCUUGCCGUCGCCGGCUCCUAUGGCAGCGCAAGUGCCUCCGCCGCUGCCGUGGGGCUGGAGCGCGCGGAGGACCCGAGCCGCCGCAUCGCGGAGCUGGCCGCGGGGGGGCGCGUGUGGGACGCGCGCAGGCUGUUCGACGGGACGCCCGACCGGGACGUGGUGGCCUGGACGGCGAUGGUGUCGGCGUACGCGCGGUGGGGGAUGCUGCGGGACGCGCGGGCGCUGUUCGACCGCCCCGACGCGCGCCGGAACGUGGUCACCUGGACGGCGCUCCUCUCCGGGUACGCGCGCGCCCGCCGCGUCGACGAGGCCGAGGCGCUGUUCGAGCGGAUGCCCCAGCGGAACGUCGUCUCCUGGAACACGAUGCUGGAGGCGUACGUCGCGGCCGGCCGGGUGGACGAUGCCCGUGCGCUGUUCGACCACAUGCCGGUGAGGGAUGCCGGCUCGUGGAACAUUCUGCUGGCCGGACUGGUGCGGUCGGGGAGUGUGGAUAAAGCGCGAGAGCUGUUUGCGAGAAUGCCAGAUAGGGACGUGAUGGCUUAUACUACUAUGGUUACUGGUAUUGCGAGGCACUGUAAUGUUGAUGAGGCUCGAGUGUUGUUCGAUGUCAUGCCAAACAGGAAUGUGGUUUCUUGGAAUGCCAUGAUCUCUGGGUACAUAAGUAAUGACAGGAUUGAUGAAGCGCUGGAUUUGUUCAUGAAGAUGCACAGGAGGGAUGUUGCUUCUUGGAACAUUAUGAUUAACGGUUUUAUCCAGAGAAAAGAUUUGAAGAGGGCACGGGAGCUAUUUGAUGAGGCGCCCGAAAGGAAUGUUGUCACUUGGACUACCAUGAUAAAUGGUUACUUGCAAGGCAUGCAAAGUGAAAUGGCAUUGGGGUUCUUUAGUGGUAUGCUUACGGCAGGUAUCAGACCAAAUAAAGUGUCAUUUUUGGGUACUCUUGAUGCUUGCAGCAACCUUGCGGCACUCUGUGAAGGGCAGCAGGUGCAUCAAAUGAUAUGCAAAACAGCAUUUCAGUUUGAUACUUUUGUCGAGUCCGCCCUGAUGAAUGUAUAUUCCAAGUGUGGUGAAAUUGGGUUGGCAAGAAAGUUGUUUGAUCUUUCUAGGGAGAAGGACUUGAUCUCUUGGAAUGGAAUCAUUGCGGCAUAUGCGCAUCAUGGUGUUGGCAUAGAAGCUAUACUCCUGUAUGACAAGAUGCAAGAAAAUGGAUAUAAGCCUAAUGAUGUCACCUAUGUGGUGUUGCUCUCAGCAUGUAGUCACUCUGGUUUGGUUGAUGAAGGGCUUAAGAUCUUUGAAUCCAUGGUUAAAGAUAAGUCAGUUGCAGUGCGUGAUGAGCAUUAUACUAGCUUGAUUGAUCUUUGUAGCCGAGCAGGACGACUUGAUGAUGCCAAAAGGUUAAUCCACUGUCUUAAGAUUAAGCCUGCAUCAGGUUCUGUCUGGAGUGCCCUUCUAGGUGGGUGUAAUGCACAUGGAAAUGUGAGCAUUGGCAAUUUGGCAGCUAGAAGUCUGUUAGAAGCAGAACCUGAUAAUGCUGGAACCUAUACGCUCCUGUCUAACAUCUAUGCUUCUGCUGGUAAGUGGAAAGAAGCAGCACGAAUUAGGUCAGAGAUGAACAGUCGAGGACUAAAGAAACAACCAGGAUGCAGUUGGAUUGAGGUGGCAAAUAAGGUUCAUGUAUUUGUAUCACGUGAUAAGUCCCAUAGUGAAUCUGACUUGAUCAACGGUCUGGUACAAGAUAUCCAUCACAUGAUGAGGAUUGCUGGAACUGUUCCCACUGAUAGUAUACUUGAUGAGGAGGUAGUGUCUAUUUAGUUGCAACUGGAAGUAUUUUCAUCUGAACUGCAAGGAUUCAGUCAAACAAAGUAACCCCCACUAUUCAAUCCAACCUAGAGUAUGUUUGGCGUCCAUGCCAUGGCGUUACACAUGUGGCUAAAGUGGUUGUCCUGUCACCCGAAUCUUGACUCCUCAGGUUCUCGAUCAUGCCUUGCCAACUUUGCUAAUUUCUUAGCGCCUUCUGUCUCAGGUUGUCUGAUUCAUCUCCAAGAAACUUUGCUUUAGCCUUAUUUAUGGAUUUCGAUCUCGGACUCAUCUUUGCCGUGAGGUCCUUGGAAACUAGUUAUGCAGCUGCUCAGGUGCUUACCAUCAUGGCGUCAUACCAUGCUUACCUUCAGCAUGCCAAUGAAAGGCCAUGCUUAGCUUGGACGUCCAUUCUGAGGCUCCAGUUGAUGAAAGAAGUUUGGAGACACUAAAAAGUAAAAAACUUUCAUGCAGAUCUCCCUGGUGGCAAUGAACUCAGUACUAGCUAUAACUUCAGAAAAGGAGAUCUCCUUAAGCAGGUGAGGAGAACCUGCCGAUCUCAAACAUCCAGCAAGGAGUUCCGGAGGGCUAGCCUUGUUAAUUUGAAGAGAAGGUGGUUUCAUGUGCCUGAAUAAUGACAAUGAAGAUGGAUAUGUUUGCUUUGUUGCUGGUUCUUCAAUUGAUGCGCUGGAGAGAUUUCUGACGUACGCACUCAAGCUGCCAAACAAAUAAUCCGAAUUCUUUGCCUUAGAAGGUAUAUAUACUGUAUACCUGCUUGUAACUGUAAACAUUGCAUGGACACAUAUCAGUACCGUAUAUGGCUGCUUCUGAUAUGAUUUUGUCUUCAGCCACACUCAUCAUCUGGAGGCCAUAUGAUUUUUUUCUCGAAAGGACUAGAAAUGCUCGCGGCGUUGCCGCUUAUGGCCAGUGUCUGUCCUCCCUUUUUUUGUGUUCCUCUGGUGAAGCGAGGUAGAACAUUGUGAGAAAUGAGAAAUUAUCAACACCACCAGUGUCUGGCCUCUCAUUUUUUCUUGUUCCUCUGGUGAAGCGAGGUAUAACAUUGUGGGAAAUGAGAAAUUGUCAACACCAGUGAAUCUAACUUUUCUCCUCAAAAGAUAGGUAUCUUAGAAUCUACCAUUUCAUCAUGUACGUUGUGAUAUGGUGCGUACAAAUGUUCUAGGCUGUCUAAAGCUUUUAUUCUAUUUUCAAUUUCAUUUUUUAUCAAAAAUAUAUAGUUCAGCGUAUUGUGGUGCUUGACCUUGUUCUGGAAUUAAUGAUCCUAUAAGGUGAUGUAUUUGGCCAUUAAUAUGAAAUACAUAUGAUUCUUCUCCUU